UAGCGCUAGUUCUCUCUUCUACUCUCUACUCUCUCCCCGUUCAUAUUCUUGUUCUUCCUCGUCCUCCUUUCUCUUCGUUCUUGUCACACUCUCUGUGCUUUCUUAGCUUCUUCUCUUAGCGGUGUCUUUAAAUAACACCCUGAGCUUCGUCUAUCCGUCAAAACGUCGACGUUUUGGAUGCUAAGAAACACAGCAUUGAGUUUUCUAAUCUUCCGUGAAAAAAAAAAAACCGCUUAGAGAGAUAAAACGGAGGCAAGGAACUUUGAUAAUUUUUUCUCCCUUACUGGAAAUUUCUCUAAUAAAUGCUAAGUCAUGCAAUGUACCUUCAGAAUCAUCGAAUCCUUGGAGUGAUUCUUUCUUUGUUGGAGUGCAAAUCCUGCCUUAAGUCCAUUUUUGUCAAAUUUUGAAUCCUGCAUAGUAAGCCUCCGUUUGAAUUUUGUUCACGACUUCUUUGUCAGUGGUCCCCUCUUUUGAGGUCUUAAGUAUGAAAUGGAUGUCAUCUUCGUUGAUAUAGGACCAUGGUUUCGAGGCUUUUAAGUGAUACUCUAGAUUCAACUGUUUGUGACAAAAUCAAUUAAAUUUCAUUGGUGACUUUUUUCAUUAUUAUUUAUUUAUUAAUUUCAAAACUUUGCUGGAGCCCUGAUAUUAUCAGCAUACUUUUCAAGCAGAUAAUUUUCCCUGGCUCCGUGGAUUUCUUGUUAGGAUCUGAAAGCAUUUGUAAUGUCAUUGUCUUGUGUUAGGGUCCAUCAUUUGCUUGGUGAUAUUAUUAAAGCUACCCUUUCGAAUGAUCUUUUUCGCUACUUCAGCACCUGUGUUUAGUCACUAGCAUGUGAUAUUAAUAUUUCAACUCUGUCAUCUAAUGCAUAAAUAUUCCGAAUGGAUCAUCUCUCCAUAUCAUUUUUGUUUCCCUUUUCAUUUUUUCGGUUCUGAAUCUUUGGGUGGAUGAUUUGUUUGAUCUCAUAAUUAUCAAGAAAUUGAAUUUCAAAUUGAUAUACUCUAAUUACUUCAUGCAUGCAAUAGAUUGUAAAUAUGAACUUUCAACCAAUGAAAAGAGUUCAAAUGAUUGAUUUGUUCUGACCUCAGUUACACAAGUUAUUAAAUGAACUCUUAUACUAUGUCAAAUGGUUAACGGAAAUUUAUCCGGGAAUCAGGGAACCUGUGGAGAAACUUGUUCAUGACGUCUUGCAUUGUGAUUGACAAUAUGCAUUGUCUCGUAUAUACUGGGAGACGAUUACAGUUAUAGCAUCAUUGAUUUGUUAUUUUUUGCUGUUAUUCAUUUAUUUGUGUAAUAUGUGUUCGAUUGUGAUUGACAGUUUAAUAUUACAUAUCUAAAGGGACGGAAAUCAUUUAUAGCCCCACUCAUUCAUUAUUGUUUGUGGUUAUUCACUUAUGUGCCCCAUUUAGUUCCUGCAUAGCAGUUCUCUUUUCUUGGAUUCUGCUCAUUUCUGUCACCGAAUAAAUUUAUUAAAUGUUUAAAAUUUUGGAAAGACCUAACUAACAUUUGAAGUUUGCUAUAUAGGUUCUUGUGGUUCUACAUGAGCAAUAAUUUAUAAGAACAAUGCAGCACUCUUCAUUAGAAGAGAUACAUUUCAAUGCCACAUAAGACUUUGCACACAUAGUUUGCCAAGAUUUCCUUCAGUUUUCUCUUAUUUUCCCUGUGUUUGACAAGCUUUUGCCUAAACAUGCCGAUAUGGUGGGUGAAGUCUAAAGAGGUGAAGGAGAGAAAGAAGUCAAAAAGGGAAAGUAUUAUUGAUGCAAUACAGCAAAAAUUUAAGAAUGCUUCUGAAAAGAUACGCAAUGACAAAUCCAAAGGAUCUAGAAGACAUGUUAUUGGCACCAGGUCAGAGAAGCAAUCCCAAUCUGUUGUAGCUUCAAGAAUAUCAUCACCCUCCUCCACAUAUGUGUCCCGCUGUCGAAGUUUUUCAGAAUUAGAAAGGCCUCUAUUUCAGCAGCUCCCACUGUCAGGGUCGCACCUUCCUGUUGUCAGUGACGCAAAUUCUGGAAUUUGUUUACCAUCAAGAAUGGAAAGAGCUAGUGGUUCUAAGCAAUCUCCAUAUUGUCCCCUACCGGCAUCUGGUGUUGUUUCCAACAGGGGAUAUCCUACUGAUGCUGAGGGAUAUAUAGAUACCGCAUCUGUUUCAAGUGAUAGCUCUGGUUAUAGUGGUGACUCAUCUGAUUCACAUCUCAUUAGUCCUCUGGCAACCGACUAUGAAAUUGGAAACAGGGCCACCAUUAACAGGUCUUUCAGGUUGGUGCACAGGAACAGAUCACCUGUUACUUUCCAGAAUGACUUAGGAGCAUCCUCAAGCCCAGCUCCUCAAAUGUGCGGUGUUAAGAAUCCAUCUACUUCACCAAAACGGAGUCGUUUGCAUUUGCCCAAUCUAAAAAUAGGCCGUACCUGUGGUUUAUUCAGUGCUCAAGAAAGGUCAACAUCAAGCCCUUCUAGAAGUCCAGUGAGAGCACUUGGCCCUGACCAGCUAUUAAACUCUGCACUAUGGACAGGAAAGCCUUGUCCAUAUGCAGCAUCAGGGAAUUACUCUAGUCCUGGUUCAGGCCAAAACUCAGAUGUUGGGGAUCUGCCAGGACAGGUAAUUUUGCCUCUUAACAGGUACAGCCCUGAGUGUUCUCCUAUACCUAGUCCGAGAAUGACAAGCCCUGGUCCCCGUUCCAGAAUACAGGGUGGUGCUGUCACACCUCUUCAUCCACGAGCUGGCACCUUCCCUUUGGAAAUAACUACAAGACAUCCUGAUGAUGUUACUAAAAAAACUCAUCCUUUACCGCUUCCUCCGAUAACAGUCACCAGUUAUUGUCUUUCUCCAAACUAUUCUUCAUCUACAACUCCAUCAGCUCCUCGCAGUCCUGCCAGAGCAGAGAUCCAAACAAGCCAAGUUUCACGCUGGAAAAAGGGGAAGUUGCUCGGAAGGGGGACAUUUGGACAUGUUUAUCUUGGUUUUGACAGUGAAAGUGGUGAGAUGUGUGCGAUGAAGGAGGUAACGCUUUUUGCAGAUGAUGCUAAAUCAAGGGAAUGCGCACAGCAACUUCAACAAGAAAUUAUGCUUCUAAGUCAGUUGCAGCAUCCAAAUAUAGUUCGAUAUUAUGGUUCUGAAACGGUAGAGGACAAACUUUACAUAUACUUGGAGUAUGUCUCCGCCGGGUCUAUUUACAAACUGCUUCGAGAGUAUGGCCAGUUAGGUGAAAAUGCCAUUCGUAAUUAUACUCGGCAAAUUCUAUUAGGACUUGCGUAUCUGCAUGCUAAGAACACUGUCCACAGGGACAUUAAGGGAGCCAAUAUACUAGUGGACCCUAAUGGACAGAUAAAAUUGGCAGAUUUUGGGAUGGCAAAGCAUAUAACUGGGGAGUCUUGUCCAUUUUCAUUCAAAGGAAGUCCUCACUGGAUGGCACCUGAGGUUGUACAUAAUUCAAAUGAUUGUAAUCUUGCUGUUGAUAUAUGGAGUCUUGGCUGCACUGUUCUGGAGAUGGCUACGACAAAACCACCUUGGAGCCAGUUUGAGGGGAUGAAGAAACUGCCUGAAGCACCAGAACAUCUAUCAGAAGAUGGGAAAGACUUUGUGAGGCUUUGUCUGCAAAAAAAUCCCCAGGACCGCCCAUCGGCUGCGCAACUUCUAGAGCAUUCAUUUGUCAAAAAGGCUACACUAGAAAGAACCAUUCUGACUGUACAUCCUUCAGAAGCAUCACCAGCUAUUGUAGAUGAACUGAAAUCUCUGGCCAUUGGACCUGCAAAACAUAAUUUGUGCUUAGAGUCAGAAAUGGGUGGUGGUACCAGUCGGCCAAGAAGGUUGAGAAUCGGCUCUGCAUCAAGUGAUGUGCAUACACCAAGGAACAUGUCAUGCCCCGUUUCUCCCCUUGGACAGCGGCCUUUGGGAACAUUUGAUGUGGCUGGAAGAGUGCCUACAGUUCCAGUAGUUAGUCCUCGUACCACAUCUGGCCUAUCCACACCAUUCAAUGAUAGUGGUCGUACAAUCUCGUUUCAUAGAAACAAGCAGCCGAUGUUCUCACAUGAAGCUGCAUGUCUGAUGCCAAGGUCUCAGGAUGGGUUUCAUUAUCAGGAUCUUACACAUGAUGCCCUUCGAGUAACCAUACCUUCUCGGGAUGUAAUAAUUUCAUCUGAUGAUGAUGCUCUUGCAACCAAUUAUAAGAGGGUUGUCCGAAGAGAAUUUUAUAAUGUGCCUCAAACGCCCAUGAGGGAUUGUGUUCGGAUGAAUACUUACUUAGAUUGCCGAGCCAGUACUCCCAGGCAAGGCCCGACAACACAAAUGGCAUGUCACCUGCACUUCAGUGACCAGAGGGGACACCGUGCAUGUGAAUAAUAAACGUUCUAAGACGGUAUAUACAUCAUAGGGUGCAUUAGCAUAAACAUAUACCAUAAACAUGCUGGAGGAAUAUAGUUUAACUAUUAUCUAUAGUCAAACGUGAGUGUUUUGCGCGGGGAUGUAAGCGUUCCCCAAUUGACUCAUGUUUGAGACAGUAGUUUACAGAGUGGGACCAAAACCCCUUGUAGAUGCAAAAUUUGCUGUCCUCACCCAAGGUAUUUUAUAUUUCAUCAUCUCAGCUGAAAAUGGUGGAGGGACCAAAAAGCAGAUUUGUAGAAACAUAUUUACUGUAUAGAAUAUAUAUAUAACUAGAAAGUAGAAACUCAACACAAUUUUGAGUUUAGCUAGAAUUUCCUCCAUUUUGAAUAAUGUUCUGUGGGAUUGUGUGCUACAAGA